AUGAAUUUGAGAGUGGUAAACAAUGCUCGAUUUCUAGUGCUGCUAAAGCGUGCAGUGAUACCCGCUAGACAGACUUUCCAUCCAGUUAGAUAUUUUGGACAAAGUGGUCCUUUUUCUCGUCAAUUCAACAAAGUAAACUACGACAUCCUAGUUCAAAAUGCAGUGCAUAUGAGUCGUAAUGGAGCUAAUGGAACAUCUCCCGGCGGAAAGAGGCUACCCCUACGCACUAUUUUGAUACUAAUCGCCACUUCUUCAAGUUUAUCAAUGCUAUUAUACGCCACUAUUCAAUACUUUAGAAUCAGGGAUGAAUUAAGUCAAUCUAAAGAAUCAAACGUUCAAAAAUCAAUCUUCUUACCACUUUGGCUUAAUUCGAACAUUCUACAGAGAAAGACAUUGAAUUAUCCAGAGGGGUUGCGUUACGUGGAUAUGGGAUACUACAACUACCUAACUACAGAGAUGAUGCAAAACAACAGCAAUGGAAGUAAGUCAGAUGUUGAGGAGUAUUGUAACGAGUUACAACAACAUCAAAUUAAGUAUGCUGUUCUUGAAAAGCUUUCUUCAAACAACAAAAUACGAGCAAUAUUUGGACUACCCUUGAGUCUCAAUCCAAAUAAUUCAAAAUUCAACAUUUGGGUCGAGUUAGUACACCCGAGUGUAUCUGGAAUACAAAUGAGUAUCAUUCAGAAGACCGAUUCGCAUGAGAAGAACAAUGACGUCAGUUUCAAAUGGGCCAUUAAACCCAUAAAUUGGAAUUCCAUUAAGGAUGACACACUAUCACCAAUUGGGUUGGGGAUGGCCAAGAUAGGAUCCAAUGCAGAGACUAAAAUACAUGAAAAAUCCAGCGGCAAAGUUCAUGAAGUACACCAGGGUAAGGAAAAAGUGCCGUUGAAUCCAAAUAGAGACUACGCAAUCAAAUUUCAAAGUGAAUAUUUCAUUACUGAUAAGUCUGCAAACAAACAAGGAAAAAUUAAGUAUAUUGGAACUAUUGAUUUCGAUCAUUUGUUGAUCAACCGUGGGGUCAUCAUCACCGAUAUUGAAUUGAUUUAUGAUGACACACUGUAUAAGAUUAUAUAG